CGUCAGUCAAGGUGUUUUACAGGUUAAUGAGCCAUCAGUCUUUUUACUACACACGCCUGAGAACUAGUCGGAACUCAGACUCAUUUCUGCUGACGGGACGUUUGACAGGAAAUCGACUUAAAAAUAGCUCCGAUGUGAAAUCACGGAAUUGUUGAGGCUUUUGAUCCUUUUUGCCAAAUGGAAGCUGAGGUUUAAUUCGUUUAGUUCUGGCAGCCAGUCGCUGAGGAGGAAGUCCAACCUGACGGUCAAUCAGAACCCUUCAAAGGCCUCAGCCAUGCUGAAGAAUGGUGCGUUCACGGCCCUGAUUCUCAUCAUCUGCGGCCAUUUUUCUGACGCCGUUCCACCUCCAUCAAAUGUGACGGUGAAAUGCGAAAACCUGAAAAUCACAGUUAGCUGGGAUUACAGCAAACAUCAACCUCAAACCAUUUUCUGGGUAAACGUCACUGGAUCUAAAGUUGUAGGGUCUUUUGAAGCGAGCACAGAGGAGCACCAGUACGACCUCAGCCAGUUUGUGCUGGGCUCUCAGGAACGCUACCUGUCUUACCUGGUUGUUUUUGUAACGGCCGUCCAAGGAGGCGAUCGGUCAGAAGCCGUAAAUUCAAAGUCCUUCUCCUUCAACCAGUUAAUGGUGGUUGAUAUCAAAUGUUUGUUAGAUCUUCCUCCUGUGAAGGUCCACAAGGCUGAAGAUGGGGCUUCUGUGAAGUUUGCAAAUCCCCUCCGUUUCUACGACGAAUUGAAGAGAACUGUCACACGGAACAGUAACGCUGCUCUCUAUUUCACGGUUUACCCAUCUGAAUUCAGAGGGUCAUGCCGUGUGUCAGAUUUAACCUGCAAACUCGACGUGACGCUCCCUGCGGAAGACUGCGUCACCUUAGAGGGCGUCCUGUGCUUUGACCAGUGUGUUAGCCAAAUAGCGUUCAAAGAGACGAAGAAAUACUGCUCUGAAAAGCCGGAAGUUGAUGGACUGGUAAUGCUUGCCGUCAUACUGGGGUCCAUUUUUAUCGUCGUAAUCAUCGUCGCUGUAGCCGUCAUCUGCAAGGUGGAGGCCUGGACCAUGAAGAUACCGAUGCCAAAAAUCCAGCAGAAAAAUGUGGACAGAGACGGCGAACAGCAGAGUUUCUUUAUCCCUCAAGAGAACCCAGACAACAGUCCAGUCUCCAUCUACUCUCCGCCCGCCGAGACGACGUCGCUCGCCUCAGAGGACCAGAACGUCUGUGAGCAACCAGAACCGAACAACAACGGCGGCGACGAUUACGACUGUCGGGGCGAACAAAACUACGCGGGUGGAGGCUGUUUGGACGACAGCAACCCAAACCUGGACAUGGAGGGUUUCGUGACAGGGGCAAACGGGACGGAAGACGACUCUCCAGACGGCUCCGUGAAGACGGAGUGCAUUUCCAUAUCUUCCACGGAGGAGGAAGGAUCGCCGUAUGACCGGCCACAUGUGUACUGCCAGAGGGAGCUGGGCGACGGAGAUCUGGUCAUUGGUUACAGUGGGAACUGACAGGAACAGCUUCUGGGAUUCUUUCCUUUUGGUUGGUGCUUCAACACGAGCCUCACAUGUACCUCAGGGAACAUAAAGGGAUACCGAUGUUUGGGACGUCGAUGCGCUCUUAAAGUGACAGAAAGGAAAUCCAUUUUUACAUCCAUGACCUCACGGUGGAGACGCAGUAGGCUGGGGACUCCGCCUUUCCGGAUGCUUCCUGAAGCAUUUUACCAGGUGCAUUAUGUUAAAGUGCACUAUGCAGCUUUUAAUUAAAAAAAACUUUACAUAUUUGUCUUGACAGUAUGAGACAGAUGAUCUGUGGGGAAAAAACAGAACAAGCUCCUCUACCUUCCCACAGUGCCUACUAGAAACAGCCAAUCAGCGCUAGGAGGCGGGUCUUGGUGCUGUCAAUCAUGGUUGUGUGGUUGUGAAUGCUGAAGCUAGUUGGCAUGGGAAGCAAUAACUUUGGAUGACCAGUUUUCCUGUAACAGUGAGCCAUUUCUCUGCCAUUAACACUGGGAUGAUUGACAGCACUAAGGCCCUCCUCCUGGCUCUGAUUGGUUAAUUUUGACAAGGAGUUGUAAAUCUUUUCAAUGAUCCUCUCACAUGCUGAGUUUUAAUAUGUAAAAAAAACAUUUUGUAAAAGUUACUUACUGCAGCUGUAAAGCAUCUUUCUUCAGGGAUUUUUGAUUAGAGAGGCGACACAUGGCCAAAGUCUUCAACUAUUUGCACUGAUUAAUCUGCCAAAAGUUAAACUUUAACCUCAUUUAAUGUUUCAUUACCUGAUCAAUCUAGACGGCAGUCAGCACAUGAAACAGUCACGCCCUGGAUGACUGCAAUGGAAACUAUUUGACUUGUAAAACAGGCUUCAGAAGUUUUUUAUAGAAGUUUACAGUACGUCGCUGAAGGAUUGUUUCUCUUUUUUCCAGAGCUGCUAUCUUAUUAAGUUAGUAUUUUAAUAAAUGUCUGAAUGUUAAUUUGAUCUUCACUGCGCUCAAAGUGACUGCAGCUUCCUGCUGUUGUAGAACAGGUUUUCUUCCGUCCUUGUUUGCAUGAGAUGGAGGAAGGUCAACAUGUUGCUCAACCAGAAUCUCCCUGCUCUCAGGGCAGGUCAACUCCACAAAGGAAAACAUUUUAGAUCUUAUAAAUGACUUCUUGAAGAAUUGGUGACUUCUGUGAUUUUAUGUAUUCAUAUUUGCUUAAAUUUUGUAUAUUAUUGUCACCAAUUUUGCAUCAUUUGUCUCUUUUUGUUGGGUUGAAAUCCUUUAACCUCCAUAUUGUCAGAUUUAUAACAAGCUGCCAAAAUGGAUUCUUUUAUUGCCCACAAUAAAGUAUUUGUAUAUA